AGAAUCAAGAUCGUUCGGAUGGCAUCCUUUUAAGAAUGUGCCAGCCGGAUGCUGAAAUCAGUAAGUCGCGAAACGUAGUCAGUGCAGUUGCUGGGCAACUUACGUAGGACGCAAAUAGGAGCGAACACAGAGAGUGGUGUGCAGUGGAUGAUAUCUAGGUGCCCAAGUUCAUAAAACGAAAGAAAAAUAUGGAAAAUAAAAGUUUCGUACCGGAUAACAUCCCUUCAGCAGAUCUCGCAAAGAGUUGGCAUAUUCCAAGGCCCACACUAGCUCGAGAUUCGCCUGGUUCGCAAGAAUCUUCAAGUACAAACAGCAGCCAUAGCGCACGAUCGGGCUCGCUUUUACUGACAGCGGCCAAUUUGGCUCAAGUUCAAAAGGCGGAAUUGACGAAAGAGGCUGGUUCUAGUACAAGAGAUCAAAACAUACGAUAUUACCUGGACCAAUACCCCCACAAUGAAAAUUUUCCUGGUCUGGUACCCAAGAAGCAGGAUCCUGACAGCGCUUCCUUAGCUAGUUCCACACAUUUUACAGUUGUAAAUGUACAUACUAGACCUCCUAAACCGAGGAGCUUCUGUAGGAAACACCAAUUGACCGUUCUGGUAGUUACGAUGUCGACACUUUUUACUAUUGGAAUCAUGGCCGCCAUUUGGUUCUUAGAAAAACGAGCCCAACAGAGAAGACUGCUGUGGUCUUAGUGAAUAUGGGACGAUCUCUUAGGAUUGAUACGAUGUAUUAGUACUUUUAUCAAGAUAUGUGUUUUAGUGUUUUAUUUAUUUCUGACAUCUCCACUGGUGGAGUCUGUAAUGUAAAAAUAUCUAAUAAUCUUCUGUGAUAUUCUAAAAAAUUGUAUCGAUAUGUAUAGUUUUUAUUUAUUAUUUGCUGCCAAAUUCAAGAACAUGGCAAUUUCUAAAGAAAACAUGUAGUUCAAUUUGACCUAAUUUAUAUAUUUAUUUGGACCAAGUAAUAAGGGGAAACUGAAAUAAAGUUACCUUGUUGAA